AUGAAUUCCAUCUUGGUUUGCCUCUCCGUUUUCAAUCUUGGUUCGCUGCUGGCUGUCAAAAUUCCAAAGAAUGUGGACGAAGGAGGGAUGCCCGACGUGAACGAAGAAUCGCUUGAGAAACAAAGCGUUGAUCCUUCGUCCUCACAGUACGAGGCUUCUCUGAUCACGAAGAGAGAAGUCGGGACUGAACACAGCACAGUUUUUUUUCCACUUCCAGAUCGCUGGGUCAAACUGAAUCACUCUCCAGUGUGUUUUGGCACGAGGAAUGACCAGUUUGGCACAUUUAACGUCCCACAUGGUGGAAACAUGGCUGCCGUAAAAUUGGUCUACCUGUACGGUUAUGUAUCCUGUGACACUCGACAAACUUCGUAUUGGUCUUAUUGGGGAUGCGGCGACAAUCCAUAUGCUGGGAUCAAAGAUAUGGUCAAUGUUAAAAUAACAACCUCAGCCAAUCACAUCAUUUUGCCCCCAAGUCAGUUUACCACAGCAUUUUACAAGUGGUCCAAAAUUCCCGGGUACAAUUCGCUGUCUCCAGAGCUUAUCUUGUCGUCUUUCUUUCAACGUACCAGCAUGCACUCGGGCCAACGGUUACGCUUGUGGUACGCUGAAGAUUUGUUGAAUCAGAGCGAGGGAGAAAAUGGAGGCAGAGCCUGCUGUGAUGUGUACGGUCUCUACGUCUGAAAAUCCAACUCCAAGCUCCUGGCAGAUUUUUGGAUAUCGGUUUAUCGUCGCUGGAUUUCUUACACAAUUAAGGGCUUUAAUUAAUAGGACGCUUAGUUUUCGGGAUUUUGCUGUACGUAGCUUGAUCAGGGAAUAGAAAAAAAGAAAAGUGAAAAUCCACUGCCUUUGCUUAUUUGUAGGAGGACAAGAAAGGGUCUAUUUUAGAUUUAGAAAACUGAAAAAAAAAAGACAAAAGUUAUAAAAAUAAACCAAAAGCAAAGAAAAACAAAACAAAACAAGAAAAAGAGAGAAAAAGAUUGUUUUGACCAGAGUCCAGUUAUUUACAGACUUCUGUUUAAAUUCAUUGAUUGUAUGGCAA